UGUGCAAGUGCAAGGCAAGCAAUUAUUCGAGAAGAGUAACGAUGAGUGCUGUGAACAUCACCAACGUCACCGUCCUCGACAACCCUGCUUCCUUUCUUACCCCUUUUCAGUUCGAGAUUUCCUACGAGUGUUUGACCGCUCUCAAAGAUGAUUUGGAAUGGAAGCUCAUUUAUGUUGGAUCCGCUGAGGAUGAGACCUAUGACCAAUUACUAGAGAGUGUCCUUGUUGGUCCUGUCAAUGUUGGAAACUAUCGAUUUGUUUUACAGGCAGAUCCACCAGACCCAUCAAAGAUUCGUGAAGAAGAUAUAAUUGGUGUCACAGUGCUUCUGUUGACCUGCUCUUAUCUUGGUCAGGAAUUUAUUCGUGUUGGCUAUUAUGUGAACAAUGAUUAUGAUGAUGAGCAGCUGAGAGAGGAACCUCCACCAAAGGUUUUAAUUGAUAGGGUUCAAAGGAAUAUUUUAUCUGAUAAACCAAGGGUCACAAAGUUCCCCAUCAAUUUCCAUCCUGAGAACAAUGAAAAUGAAGAGCAACCCCCUCCAUCAGAGCACCCAUCUGAAACUGGAGAAGAUCAGCUUGCUUUAGUUGAUCGUGAUCCCCCAGAUGAGAAGGAUUCCUAACAUUUUGUAGGUAUACGGACCUUUCAAUUCCUAAAUCUCCAACUUUACAUUCACUGUAGGGAUUAAGAUGCCAUUUUUGUGAAUCUAUUAUGGAUGAUGUGAAUGAGAUUUAUGAAUUCUUUUGGAAGUAGGGGCCUUUGAAACACUUGGUUCAAAAUGUUUGUAUAAUGUGAAAACCAGUUUCUA